AUGUCUUGCGAGGACGAACACCAUCACGAUGGCCAUAAUCACAACCGCAAUCAUAACCAUAACCAUGGCCAUGGCCAUGACCACGACCACGAUCAUGUGGCGCCAAUUCCCACUUCUUCAUCACAGUCGCUAAAUUCGAAAAUCGACACGUUCAAAGUUUCAGCACUAAACAUGGCCAACCCACCCCAAGAUCUUGCCAAAGUUUUCAAAAAUCAAGACACCAAAUACGAGAUAAAUCCAGUCAUCAAGUCCGACUGCGACGAGCAGUUGAUUAUUAAUAUCCCAUUCUUGAACGGCUCAGUGAAACUUUACUCGAUUAUCCUACGAACAAAUGGAGACUUGUACUGUCCGAAAACGAUCAAGUUGUUCAAGAAUGACAGAUCGAUAGACUUUGACAACAUAGAACUGAAGAAAGCAGCACAAGUCUUGACCCAGCCACAGGUUGGAGUCGCUGCCGAUGCCGACGCAGAAAGCGACACCAUUGAAUCAGAUACAGAUUUUGUGGAGCACUUCUUGCCUAGACACAAAUUUACAGGUGUAGAGCAGUUGACCUUGUUUAUAGAAAGUAUCCACGAGCAGGACGAAGAUCAAUGUCGUUUGCAUUCGAUAGAGCUAAGAGGAGAGUAUACAGAGUUGAACCGGGACACGGUGGUUGCGUUGUAUGAGCUGGCUGCAAAUCCAGCAGACCAUAAAACAACCACAACACUUGCCAAUGAGAACAGUUUUCAAUUUGGAAGCUGA